GCCUUUGACAUGCACAAGUUCUACACGGCCACUGAGGCACGAGAGGGUGCACAGGCGAUCUGCAAAAUCCUGAAGGCUUGCUUGGAAUGGUGGAAAGUGGAGGGUGUGGAGAUCCUUGACAGGGUGCCGCAAGAGGCAGUUGAGGAGGAUGAGAAGACCCUGGAUAGAUAUCUUGGCUACAUUCUGGGAAUGGAAAGAGGGGACUACAUUUUCAAUGAUAUGCAUGCUGAUAUUCAGAAAGAGUGGAAGCAGGCGAAACAAGAGCAUGAAGUCCAGUUGAGGAGUCUACAGAUCGUUCCAGACCAGGAGAUCGGGCUGCCUCAGCGUCAAUUGUCUGAGUCUGUGUAUGUGGCAACUUACAGGGGCAGGGAACAUGCGGUGAAAAGUGGCAAUCGAAUGGACAACGUUGGAUUCGCAAGGUUCUACACUGAGGCAGCAGUGAUGGGGCGCAUACAUUCACUAUCUGUUGCCCGCCUGUUUGCUGUGACUCGUUCAGGAAAGCUGGUGAUGGAAAAGGGGGAGAUGGACAUCAUGACAUGGUUCUGGCAGCACAAGUCGCAGGGCCUGAAGUUGAAGCUCAGGCUUUUGCAUGAUGCGGCCCGAAGCUUGAACGAGGUCCACUAUGCAAAGCUUGUCCACCGUGACAUCUGCACCAAGAAGUUUGUUGUGUUUGGCGGAGGCCAGCCCGAGGUGAAGCUGGUGGGGUUUGGCAAGGCGUUUGCCACUGGCAACAUCACGGGGAAGAACACUGUGAGGAAGCAUGGCAAGAUCACAUUUGCGGCCCCCGAAAUCUUUGAGGAGAAGCCGUGUGACCUGAAGAGUGACAUAUACAGUUUCGGCAUCGUGAUGUAUGAGUUGAUAGGGGAGACCUUGCCCUAUGGCAGGGGGGCCACAGAUGCAAAGGUGAUGGCGAUGAAGAGAAACGGCGAGCCACCUUCUGACAUUCCUCCUGGUAAGUGUCCUGAUGGGCUGCUGAACUUGAUGGCAGAGUGCUGUGCCGUCGAUCCAGCUGCCAGGCCAUCAUCGAUGGAAGAAGUGCAGCAGCGGCUGACCAAGUUGGUGGACCAGCAGGUGGAUUCCGUGCAGAAGCUGCAUGCAAUGAUCGAUGAAAUAGGAACAAUGCUGCAGAAUGCCAGAUACAAUGUGAACAUGCUGGCGUUUUUGCAUGCCUGCAUGACAAAGGCAAAGAAUGUGUACGAGAUUCCAAAACGUCCACAAGAUUGGAAGGACCUGGUUGGGGCUAUCAAGGAUGGGAUGGAUCUUGUGGCACGGCACACCCAAGAAUUCAACCUGCGAAACUAUUACACAGUUGACGAAACGCUGUACUUGGUUAACGGCUGUUGCACCGACAUUCUGAGAUCGGCUGACCAGUUUGAGGGAAAUAGUGCAUCUGACACAGAGAGAAGUGUUCCAGGCUCCACCGCAGAGAAGGAUAGGAAUUUCUUGGAGCAACAUCUCGGGUUUGUGGUUAGGGUUUUGGAUCAUGACAGUGUUAAAGAUGGAGGAUUCCUUGAGGAGUGGGAAACUGCAAGGUCGCGGCUAGAGAAGCAAGUUAGGGAUGUGCAACGGAUCAGCAGGACUGAUGUCGACUGGAAAGGAAAGACAAAGAUUGCAGCUGGUGGUGAGGGUACAGUUUACAAGACCAGAUGGAAUGGCAGAGAAGUGGCUCUGAAAGUGCCAAAGGAUUCAGAGUCUCACCACACCAUGCUAGCGGAGUUUUGGGCGGAGACCGCACUUAUCGCAGAACUAAAACAUGAGCACGUCGUGCCUGUACUGGCCAUGUGUGGUGGCGUUGCAAACAGCAGUGGUAACGAUUGCACACCCUUCCUGGUCAUGGAACUGGCAACCGAAAAUCUGGGUGCCUGGUACAAACGACAGGGCCUUGAGGCCUGGGCGUUGAAGCGCAACGUGUUGCUUCAGGCCGCAAAGGGCUUGCACCAUUUGCACAAACAUUGCGUGGUCCAUAGAGACAUCAAGCCAGAGAACAUCCUUAUCUUCCCUGGUGGCGGGGACGGCUGCCCAAUCGUCAAGUUGUGUGACCUGGGGGUGGCUGUCGGGCAAACAGCGGAGUGGAGGAGAAGAACAACCAAGAAAUGGCAGCCUGGAACGGAGGAGUACAAAGCUCCUGAGCUGUUUGAUGGCAAGCGAAGCAGCCCCGAGAGCGACGUCUACAGUUUUGGAAUAGUGCUGAUCGAGGUCGUGGCGAAUUGUGAACAUCAUCUGUACAAGGGUCACUCUGGACGGAGCGCGAAAUUGGAUGGCAAAUUGCCCUGCGCGAUUCCUGAUACCUGUCCAGCGGACCUCAAGGACCUGAUCCAAAAAUGUCUAGAUGUCAAUCCUGAUAAAAGACCGUGUAUGGAAGAGGUGAAGGAAGUCCUGCAUAGAAAGUGA